AAUCUAUUUUUCUCCUUUUGGGUCCUGAUGUGUAACAGAGUUUUUGGUGAGUUUUUUGCACCUCUUGUGUCAUAUGGCAAGCCUCAUUCCAAGCCAUCUGCAACCGUGAAGAUUGUCAAGAACACAUUGAACUUCCUCUUACAGUAUGUAGUAUCCAGUGAAACACCAUCCUUUGUCAGAAGAAUCAUACUGUCAUCUCUGAGGAAUGUUGUUACACCGGAUAUGCUACAGUCCAUUUUACCGGUGCUUGAACAACUUGUAGACAAGUGUGAGGAUAGUGUGGCCAACUUAGAUGAAGAUGAGAGUAUCCUGCUGCAACUGAUAGUGCAAAAGUACAGCCCAGCUACUGUUGCUCUUCUGCAAGUCGAUUCUUUAUGUUGGAAAUUGUUAUUGAGAGUGUUGUUGCUGAGAACAGCUGUCUGUCCCGGACACCCAGCACCAAUCAUGACUGCACUUGGCCAGGUUUCAAAUAGAUUCUUCCAAGCAAUUCCAACAGAGGAGGUGAAACAGCAUCUGUUUAAGAUUCUUGUUGACACUCUGCUAGAAACAAAAGAUGUUACUGUAGGAAAUGCAGUCAAGAAUUCAUUACUGGAGGUUAGAAGAUUUGAAUUUGUUAAUAAUGAAUUGUGUACUGUACACCAGCAUAUAAAGUAAAGUGCAAGUCAUGUACCCAUUAUCUAUAUCUGUACA